AUGCUGGUCGUCGUCAUCGUCGUCGUAGUGGUAUUGGCUGCUCAUCAGUUGAUGUCCCAUCUGAUACGGCCGACGAAUCCUAGGGUAUACUUUGAUAUCGCCGUUGGAGAUGUCGGGGUAGGUCGGAUGGUCUUUAGGUUGUUCGAUGAUGUGUUGCCUAUUACUUGUGAGAACUUCCGGGCACUGUGUACAGGGGAGACAGGCCUGGGGUACUGGUUGCGGCCAAGAUGGUAUCAGAACUCCCGUAUGUAUCGUAUUAUCCCCGGCUUUAUGUGCCAAGGAGGUGACUUCAAUUUCGGCAAUGGCGGCAUGGGCGAGUCGAUCUACGGUCAGUUUAUGCGGAAUGAGAGAUUUGCAUUUAGUCACUCGAAGCGUGGUGUAUUGAGUAUGGCAGAUGCGGGAUGGGAGCACAGCAACAACAGUAAUUUCUUUAUAACGUUUGGCCCUCAGAAGCAUCUAGAUGGUAAACAUGUUGUUUUCGGUGCGAUCGAGCACGGCAUGGAAGUUCUUGAUGCUAUUGAAAGAGUGGGGACAAUUGGAGGCAAGCCAAAGAGACCAGUGAUAAUACACAAGAGUGGCGAAUUGAAUGUUGACUUGUUGCGACGAGAAGCAAUAGAGGCUAAUGAGAGCUUGCCGCUGGGGUCUGAGGACUAUGUGGAGAGGAGUGUGGAUAGUUGGGGUAACCCUGAUCCUGAGAUCAAUGACGAUGAUGGUGUAUACUGCAUGCCUGAGAGGUUAAUUAUGCCUGACCAAUAUUCACCAGUACCUGAUCAUCUUUUCCGCCGUGCUAAAGGACAAUGGGAUAAUCAACUCUAG